AUCAAAAUAAUGAACAGCGCGAAAUUUUGUUUUGUAGAAAAUAAAUUAAAGAAACCUUUAUUUAAAAGUUUAAUAGAAUGUCGUAGAUGUUGUUACAUGCUUCCUACAAGCGAAGUAAAGAUUAUAAAGAAGAAUAAAGCAAAUAUUACGGAUAACCUCAAAACUAAGAAAGUUUCAGAAACCAAGAAUGAAACAUCUUCGACAGAAUUUAGAGUUAAUGAUGUAAAUAUUCAAAUGAUAUCCAAAAAUAUUUACGAACAGUUAUUUAAAAAUCCAGUCUCCACUAUUGACCCAAUGACAAUAAAAAGUUGCCAAGACAGUCUUUUGAAACACGGAAUUAAUUACAAAGAACAGGAAUAUUUACCAGAUGUAACUGUUAAAUUGCCUAAACUAGAAGGAAAAGAUGUUGUGGAACAUUUUUACAAUAUAGGGGAAAGGCAAAGUGCCCCAUACAGAAUCUUACUUCAAAAGUUGGCAACUAGUAAACUACCUCCAUUACCAAAGAAAUGGUCAAAAAGCUCAGGUUGGUGUAAGUACAAUGGUAACACAGCAGAACCUGUACCCUGCCCGCCUGAUGAUGCCCUCGUCUUUGAUGUAGAAGUUCUUAUGACAUCUGGAAAUAGGCCCACUUUAGCAUGCGCUGUUUCAAGUGAAGCAUGGUAUGGUUGGGUCAGUGAACCUGUAGCAAAUGGGGAACCACAUCAGCAAUACGACAAUUUAAAUUACGAAUAUCUGAUACCUUUAGAAACUGAUGGAAUGAAACCCUGCGGUGACCUGAACAGACCUAGAAUAGUUAUUGGACAUAAUGUCUCAUUUGACAGAGCAAAAAUUAAGGAGCAAUAUUGGUUGAAUAAAACAGGUCUACGCUUUAUGGAUACUAUGUCUAUGCACACUUGUGUAAGUGGAGUCACCAGCUACCAGCGGACAGUGUUAAAAGCUAAGAAUAAAGAACCACACCCCAGUGAUGACGAUUGGAAAGAGAUCAGCUCCCUCAAUAAUCUUAGUGAGGUCCAUCAAUUAUACUGCGGAAGUCUCAUAGACAAACAAACUCGUGACGUAUUUAUGGAGGGCAGCAUGCAAGAUGUACACGAUAACUUUCAAGAGCUGAUGGCGUACUGCGCUCGUGACGUUACAGCCACACACGAUGUGCUCAGAGAACUGCUGCCAAUGUUUCUAGAACGGUUCCCACACCCUGUCACCUUGGCUGGCAUGUUGGAGCUUGGUUCAGCAUAUUUGCCAGUAAAUUCAAAUUGGUUACAAUAUAUAGAUUCAGCAGAAACUGUUUUUGAAGAUUUAAAAUUAGAGUCUAGACAAUUACUGUCUCGUAAAGCAGAUGAAACUUGUCAGCUAAUGGAAAAUGAGGCUUACAAGAAAGAUCUUUGGAUGUGGGAUCAAGACUGGUCCACACAAAAACUUAAUUUAAAAAAAGGUUCUAAAAAGAAAACAGAUUCAAUAUCUACUACAUCUAAAAUAGAACUGCCCAGUAAAAGUAAAGAUUUACAAAAUAAAGAAUUCGAACUUUUAAAUCAGGAAUACAUAGAGUCUUUAGAUGAAAUGCCAGAAUUAAAAGUAAAAGAUCUGGAAGAAUUAAGCAAAAAGUUUGCAUAUUUGUAUGAAAUGGAGUCGUUAUUGCCAGUAAAAAGGCCGUACCUGGCAGGGUACCCGGCGUGGUACAGGAAAUUGUGCAGCAAGCCAGGUACUCCAGGGUGGACGCCAGGCGCUCAUAAUAUCACCACUAGUAUGCAGAUCACUCCCAAACUCCUUCGACUUUCAUGGGAAGGCUAUCCCCUCCACUAUAUUAAGUCUGAAGGGUGGGGGUUCUUAGUACCAUUCAGCAGGACUCAUGGCGAGAUCGAAGAUGAAACACCGCUUCCUCUUGAUGAGUUACUAGCCGCAUGUCCUAUGGCGUUCUGUAAGGAAAAUGACAUUGAGACCGACGUACAAAGACUACCAAAAACUGUUGAAGAAGACUUGGGCAGACGCGCUUACUAUGCUAGAAAGAGAGCGGACGAGCAAGCGGCCGCUAACCAAUACCAUGGGCUGGGAUUGUGGUGUGGCAUACAGUUGCAAGGAUGCUGUCACUUUCUGAGGUUGCCACAUAAAGAUGGACCCAAGUAUAAAGUUGGUAAUCCACUAGCGAGGGAUUUCUUGGAAAUGUUCAGUCAGAAUGUGCUCACCGCGCAAGGAAAUGACGCUGCAAAGGUGUUGACAUUUGGGCGCAUGAUGUCGUACUGGCGCAACAACCGGGAGCGAAUCAUGGGGCAACAGGUGGUAUGGUUGCCACCAGAACUACGACCACCGUCCGCCCCUGACCAACUCUACGGCGCCAUCCUGCCGCAGGUGGUGGUCGCCGGUACGCUUACCCGACGUGCGAGCGAGCCUACAUGGAUGACGGCUAGUAAUGCCCAGAGCGAACGGAUCGGUUCAGAACUACGCGCCAUGGUACAGGCGCCUCCCGGAUAUAAAUUUGUUGGGGCCGACGUCGAUUCACAGGAGCUAUGGAUCUCAGCGUUGCUGGGCGAUAGUACGGUGCAGGUGGCUGGCGGAAGUGCUUUCUCGUGGGCCGUACUGGCGGGUCACAAGCGGAAUAACACCGACCUGCACUCGCUCACCGCUACGGCUGCAGGCAUCUCUCGUGACCAUGCCAAGAUCAUCAACUAUGCCAGAAUAUACGGCGCCGGUCAAAACUUCGCUGAAAGACUAUUGAAGCAAUUCAACCCGACCAUGACGAUAUCCGAAGCUAAGAGUAAAGCUGCCAAAAUGUUUACCUCAACCAAGGGACGGAGGGUCUAUACCCUUAAAAAGAAGUAUAUGGAGGGAUUCAUGGAUGAAGACAUAGGAUCAGAAUCAGUAGAGAUGCCCGGUUACCAAGCGUUGAGAUUGGCGAAACUUAGCGGCAAAAAGGUGGAGGAAAUGUUCGAGAGGCCGAGGUGGAUUGGCGGCACGGAAUCCGAUAUGUUCAACAAACUAGAGGAAAUAGCUGAGUCGGAGUCCCCGUCGACGGCGUUCCUUGAGGGGCGCCUGUCUCGUGCGCUGGAGCACGCCCGCGGUCGGUGGGGCUCCACGCGCCUCAACUGGGCCGUGCAGAGCGCCGCCGCUGACUUCCUGCACCUCAUGCUGGUUAGCCUCGCGCACCUCGCGCCGACUGCCAGAUUUUGUCUCAGUUUCCACGAUGAAGUAAGAUAUCUGGUGCCCGAGGAUAUAAAAUAUGAAACGGCACUAGCGUUGCAAAUAACCAACUUACUCACGAAGGCCUUCUGUUCACAGCGAGUGGGUAUAAAUGAUCUCCCGCUAUCAGUGGCAUUUUUUACUUCGGUAGAGGUAGACCAAGUAUUGAGAAAGGAAUCCAACCUCAGCUGCGUCACGCCGUCCAACCCACACGGAUUACAGAAAGGCUACGGCAUUCCGGAUGGCGAAUCACUUAAUAUAUUUGACGUCUUACAAAAGUGUAAAAUAAAUAAUACUAAAUAAUUCCUUGUUUCAUUAUAUGAUAUCACAAUAAUAUAC